GAAUAAAUGUAUAGGGAGAAGGCAGGGGCCUGGGGGUUGGGGAAAACAGGUAGGGUAUAAAAAGGGCCGUGCAAGGGACCAAGGCCAGGAUUCUAGAGACCAGAUCCCAAAGUGCUCAGGGUCCUGUGGACAGAUCACUGCUUGGCAAUGGCUUCAGACUCUCGGACCUCCUGGCUCCUGCCCUUCACCCUGCUCUGCCUCCUCUGGCCUCAGGAGGCUGGUGCUUUUCCUGCUGUGCCCUUGUCCAGUCUGUUUGCCAACGCUGUGCUCCGAGCCCAGCAUCUGCACCAGCUGGCUGCUGACACCUACAAAGAGUUUGAGCGUGCCUACAUCCCCGAGGGGCAGCGCUAUUCCAUCCAGAAUACCCAGGCUGCUUUCUGCUUCUCAGAGACCAUCCCGGCCCCCACAGGCAAGGAGGAGGCCCAACAGAGAACCGACAUGGAAUUGCUUCGCUUCUCACUGCUGCUCAUCCAGUCGUGGCUGGGGCCCGCACAGUUCCUCAGCAGGAUCUUCACCAACAGCCUGAUGUUCGGAACCUCGGACCGUGUCUACGAGAAACUGAAGGACCUGGAAGAGGGCAUCCAGGCUCUGAUGCAGGAGCUGGAAGAUGGCAGCCCCCGUGCUGGGCAGAUCCUCAAGCAAACCUAUGACAAGUUUGAUACCAACAUGCGCAGCGAUGACGCUCUGCUCAAAAACUACGGGUUGCUCUCCUGCUUCAAGAAGGACCUGCACAAGGCUGAGACCUACCUGCGGGUCAUGAAGUGCCGCCGCUUUGUGGAAAGCAGCUGUGCCUUCUAGCUGCACACUACAGCGUCUCCGCUGUCCUCCCCCAGCGCCUCCCUUUACCCUGGCAACUGCCCGUCCCUCUGCUUUGUCCUAAUAAAAUCAAGAUGCAUCAGA